AUGUAUUUUUACCUCCUCUUUCUUCUGCUUCUAACUUCUUGCUUCACACAUCAAGCUUUUGGCCGUGGCCGUGGUCGUGGUGGGUCUCCAUCGGAAGGAAGCUUGGACCCUUCUUCUCGUAUCACAGUAGUCGGAGUUGUCUACUGUGACACUUGUUCUAGUAACACUUUCUCAAAACAGAGCUAUUUCUUACAAGGUGUGGAAGUUCAUGUAACUUGUAGAUUCAAAGCAAGUUCACCAAAAACAGCAGAAGAAGUAAACAUAUCAGUAAACAGAACAACAAACAGAAACGGCGUCUACAAUCUCGAGAUCCCUCACGUCGACGGUAUCGACUGCGUCGACGGAAUCGCAAUCGCAUCUCAGUGCAGCGCAAAGCUAAUCAAAACCUCAGCCGACAAUGUCGGUUGCAACAUACCCGUUUUUCAGACAGCAACUAACGAAGUAUCAAUCAAAUCAAAACAAGAUCGUCUCUGUAUCUACAGUUUAAGCGCACUAAGCUACAAACCUUCACACAGAAACACCACAUUGUGCGGUGGCGGAGGAGGAGGAAAGAGACAUCAUCAUCAUGAUCACCGGAGAGAAGAAGAGAAGAAAUUGAAAGAUUCGAAAUUUUUCUGGCCUUAUCUAUCACCGUAUUGGUUCGCUUGGCCGUACAAGAAUCUACCGCCGUUACCGACAUUACCCUCGCCGGUUCCGGCUUCGCCUUUUCCGUUUCUUCCUUUUGGAAACCCUAAUCCGGCAUUACCGGCGUUUGAUUGGAGAGAUCCGACUACUUGGAUACCUUAUCUUCCACGUUUUCCUCCCGGCGACGAUCGUAAUCUUUAA